CAGCUCGUCGUGACAAUAAUGGUCACCUCCCUGAUCGUAAAUCGAGAUCGCAAAUUCAGUCUAUUCUCCAACCGAAACGAACCCGUCAACGAGGCACUCAUGAAGAGCGAGGACAUCGACGAUAGCAGCAGGGGGUCUUCAAGAUCAGCAAGUCCCAACGGACCAAAGAAUAGCUUGGACCUACAACGAUCCAUUUCAGGAAGUGGGAUCGAGGUCUCGCGGAUGAACUUCCCCAGCCGGAUUCUGCAGAAGUUCCCCUUCCUGGUCGAGAUGUUCUACUGGGCGCUCAACUUCAUUGCAUACUCCAUGACAAAGAAGAUCGGCGCUGCGUUAUACUCAAGAUACGGCGGAGAUGCGGUCACACAACUGGCUCAGGACCACGGCAUUGCUAUCCUCAACUUCGAGCACAACUCCCCAGCCAGCAUAUUCUUCCCAGUCAGCGAGGUUGAGUUUCAGCAAUUCCUCCUUACGAAGCACUUGUCCAUCAUGACAAUCUUCAACCAGAUCUACUCUCUGGUCCACAUUCCCGGAACCGUGGCCUAUCUCUCCUGGUACUACUACAAAGCUCCCUCCUACGACGCCUUCGCCGUCGCUCGCCGGACCAUGACUCUCGGCAACUUCUCCGCCUUCUUCAUUUUCAGCUUCUACCCCUGCAUGCCACCCCGUCUCCUCCCCGAAUCAUUCGGCUUUAAGGACACCGUCCGUCAGGAACACGCCGAGAGCGUCUGGGUCGGCGGCUCCAACGUCAACCAGCUGGCCGCCAUGCCCAGCUUGCAUUUCACCUACGCCUUUACCAUCGGCUGCACGUUCCUGUACACCUCUGGUCUGCUGCAAUCAUGGCGUGGCCGCAGAUCGGGUCGCUCGCCGUUCUUCUCAUUUGUGUAUGUGGUCGCUGGCAUCCUCUACCCGCUUCUGGUGCUAUCUGUCAUUGUGGCGACAGCGAAUCACUACUACCUCGAUGCGGUGGUUGCGACAUUCAGCGUCGCGAUGUCGUUUCUCUGCAAUCGAAUCUGGCUGUUCCUCCUGCCUGUGGAAGCUUUCCUGCUCCGCAUGCUCCGACUGAGGAAGCCAAGACCGUCGACGAGGAGGAUCAAGGCGGAGCGCCCGAGUGCGGCCACGAGCUCCAGUUUGGAGGUGGCUUAA